AUGGUUCAUACAACCGAUUCUUUUUCUUCCUCCUCCAAAUCUGCUGCGAGGUCAGCUGAUGACCCCAAAGGAGUGGAAUUGUUACCUGCACAUUCAAAUAACCAACAGCAUCAACGCCAAAAUUUAUAUAUUGAUAAUGAUGAAAGCAUUGCAUUAACAAACAAACUACUGAUUAAAAAUGCAUUACAUAAUCCUAGAGAUGAUUAUAAAGAGGAAGAAAUGGAAUUAUUCAAAACUCCAAUGGUAAAUAAAAUUCAUUUUAAUUCAGAUGUAUUACCGUUAGGCACAAUUGAUAAUCCAAUAUUAGAAAUAGCCACAUAUGGUGGGGUGGAUGUUUAUGAGUGUUACACAAGAGUGCCAACUGGUCAAAUGGUUAUGAGAAGAGUUAAAGAUAAUUGGGUUAAUGCUACUCAAAUUUUUAAGGUGGGAAAGUUUACUAAAGCUCAUAGAACGAAGAUUUUGGAUGAAGAAAAUAAAAGAAUUCGUCACGAAAAAAUUCAAGGUGGCUACGGUAGGUUUCAGGGGACUUGGAUUCCACUAGAAGAUGCAAAAUAUAUAAUUAGUAAAUACAGAAUACUUCACCCCAUAGUGGUGAGAUUGUUAAGUUUCGUUUCCGAUCCAAAUAACCCCGUUCCUAGAAGAGAGAAGAUGAAUACACUAAAAGUAAAAUCACCAAAUGCAAGUUUGUUAUCCCCUUCAGGGUAUAGCAAGACACCAAAGGCCAAUAGAAAAGGCAAUGCAGAUCAUAAUAGUACUAGUACUACCAAUAGUAACAGUAGUAGUGGGAAAAUAACAAAAAGUGGACUGAAAAAAUCGGCAAGUUUCAACAAUAAGAAAAAUAGUAAUAAUAAUAUAAAGAAACAGUCAAACAGUCUAGCUAGUAACACUGCUACUAUUUCUUCAAUUCAAAGGAUUCCUACUGCUGCUACUUCUUCAUUUAUGGAAACUCCAAUGAAAUUGGGUUCUAAUGUUUUUGCUACACCUCAACACCAACUUAAUGCGCAAAAUAAUAAUAAUAAUAAUAAUAAUAAUAAUAAUAAUAAUAAUAAUAAUAAUAAUAAUAAUAACAAUAAUAGCAAUAAUAGCAACAUCAAGAGUAAUGACAAUAAUAAUGCCAGCACUAACACUAAUAAUAGUAAUAGUAAUACUGACAGCAAUAACAAUCUGACUACUGAUGAUAGUGAUCGUACUAUUUUAUUAGAUAAUGAAAAUAAGUCAAUUUCUACCGAUCAAUCACCUUGUAACAAUAGGUUAUUAGGUUUGGAAAAUCAGCAAGGUUUGAGUAGUAUUAAUUACACACCGAAUCAUUAUAUUAGUCAGACAGUCAUGAAUAAACAGGAUACUAGUUUUUUGGCAAAUAGAACAUAUUUAAAGGAUGAUGUUAGUAAUAUUUCGUUGAAUAUUUGUAGUCAAAAUACUAAGAACGAUAAAAAUAAAAAUAUUGUUUCAACAGAUCCAAAUCAUAUACAAAUAAGCACCAAAGACUAUCAACAGAAGGCAUAUUUAAGAAUGACUAAUAGAUACAGUAAAAAUAAUGGUGAUAUUACUGGUUCUUCUAGUACAUUUUCUUCGAAUUUAAAUCCUAAAAUUUUUACUCGUAGUCAUAAUAAAGCACCAGUCACUACCACGGCUACAAGACCAUUACAGUUUUAUAUGUACCCAACUAACAAUAGUAGUAUGUCGCCGGAAAAUAAUAAUAAGAGCAAUAUUGUUAGCACACCGCAUCAAAAUAUGGCAACUAUUAUGCAUAAUAAUUUCAAUAUCUCAUCAAAUAGUCAAAGUAUAGACACAUUUUUAAUGCAAAAUGGACAUGAGCAUAAUAAUGAGAAUUUUGAUUCCAGUAAUGGUAACAUUUUUAGCAAUGUACCGCCGCUAAACCAAUUUAGCAAUACCAAUUUGUAUGCCAAUAAUAAUAAUAAUAAUAAUAAUCUCAUAAGGGGAAAAAUAAUUAAUAAUUCUACUGUGAUUCAAAAUGGGAAAAUCAUAACAUCCACACCGGCAAACACCAUUAAUUUAAAACAAAAAAGAGCACAACAACACUUUCAGAGAAUAAAACAACAGCAAGAAGAACAGCAACAUCAUUUUUUUCCACCACAGAUGGUGACAAUGAUCAAUUAUCCAAAGCAGAAACAUUCUUAUGUUAAUGCUAAUGGUAUUGUUAGUAAUAUUGAUAAUAAUCCCGAUGGUGCCACUAGUUAUAUUGAUUCUAAACUGUCUAGUACUCCAAUGUUCGUUAAUAAUGCUAAGAACAAUAGCACUGUACCAAUUAACAAUAUGGCCAUUGAUACAGCUAGUGAGGUGGUUGCCACUGAAGAAGAAUACAAGAUGAUGUUGCUGAAUAUUUUAAGUGGUUCCGAUGAUGAUAAUAAAAAUAAUGAUUAUUUGUCUUAUAUUUCAAAAAAAUUAUUAAAUCCACCAUCUAAUUUCAACAUAGACUUUAUUAUAGAUGAGGAGGGUCACACUACCUUACAUUGGGCUGUUUCUAUGGGAUAUUUGCCAUUUGUUAGAAUAUUACUAUAUAAUUUAAAAUCUGAUCCAUUAAUUUGCAACUCCAAAGGUUUUAAUUGUAUUACUAAAGCAUGUUUUUAUAAUAAUUGUUUUAAAAACCAAAGCUUUACAGAGUUUUUAUAUUUGAUGCCUCAAUGUUUAAUUACUCCAGACAGAAACGGUAGAUUACCGCUACAUUAUUUAAUGGAUUUGAGCGUUAAUAAAAACAAGGAUCCUAAAAUUAUUGAACAUUAUUUGCAAUGCAUUUUACAGGUUCUUGCUACACCAUUUCCGCAGACCUUGCCUAAUGGAGAACAAGUAAUGAUUACGCUGCUGAGCACUGUAUUAAAUCACCAAGAUAUUAUGGGGAAUACUCCCUUGCAUUUAGCAGCACUAAAUAUGAAUAUCGCUAUGUGCGAAAAUUUAUUGAAUAUUGGGGCUAAUAGAAGCGUUGUGAAUUCAGAGGGGGAAACCAUGGAUUCAAUCCUAACGAGAUAUCAGAAUAUGUUUAGUAAAUCGGAUGAUAAUAAUUCACAAAUGAGUUUGUCUGCACCAGCUAGAACUACCAAAAACAAUAGUAAUAAUGAUGGUACCAAAAAUUCUAGUACUGAUAUCCAGCCUUCUAAUAUAAAUCUUGCUAAUAGACAUGAAUCGGAUACUGAAUAUGGGAUUACCAAAAAGACUGAUAACAUUAUUAAGAUUAAUAAGCAUGGUCUUACAAAUUUUAAAUCUACUAAUGGUGCAAGAGAGGUGUUACCAAGAUCCCAUUCAAGCAUAUCAAGUUCAGUUAAUAUUAAUAACAACGCUAAUGAUAACAGCCUUAAUACUAAAGUAAGAAAGAGAAAUAGAACAAACAGUGUUAUUGAAAUACAUAGUAGUAACAGAUUAGAAACGGUAGAUGAAAUUCCUAAAGAAAAAAGCAUGACACCGAAUUUAUUUUUGCAUCAAGCAAACCAAAAUACUAUUAAUAAUAAUAAUACUAACAUUACUGCUCCCGUAUCCUCUUCUACUGGUAGUGACGUUGCUAAGGGAAAUGGUGAUUAUGGCAACAAGGCUGGUAUCGGUGAUAAAAUCAUAAAAAAAGAAAAUAAUAGUAAAGGCAGUAUUCAUAGGGAUAAUGUAGAUGAUGAACUUUUAGUUGAACCAAUAUCAGUAAAUAUUAAUGCCAGUUUAUCCAUGGAUCAAAAUGGUGAUAAUAUAAAUAAUGAUCAUCUUCUUAGCAAUGCGGUUGUUACUGCUUCUAAUACAAACGCCAACAUAUCAAUACUUAAGUAUAACGAAGAAGCAUUCAAUAUGACUGGAGUGAACAAACUUCAUGCUGAACCAAAUCAGAAUUUAAACGGUGUAUUUAUUGGAAAUAGUUUUGCUAAUAUUAACACCGCCGCAGCUGCUAAUAAUAUUAGCCUUAACAAGGGAGACGGUAUGUUGUUAUUAUCGCCACAGCUACCAUCUAGACAAUUAAGUAGUAUGAGUAAUACUAAGGGGUUAAUAGGUAAAAAAAUAGAAUCUCAAACUUUGAACAAGACUUUUGAACUAUCUCAAACAUUCAAUAAUUUUAGGGUGCAAUUAGAAAGUUUAUAUUUAGGCCGAUUAGAAAAAAUCGCAAUUAUGGAAGAAAAAUUAGAGAUGUUGAAUCAAUCGAUUGAACAUCACAAGAAUUUCUUAAUUAAAUUGAAUAAAGAACCACAAGAGGACUUAAUUAAACAGGAAAAGAUUUUGGGUUACAAUUACACCAGAUAUUUGUCGGCCUUGGAGAAAAACCAGGCUUUAAAUUUGGCCAUCUCUGUAGAGGAAGAAGAACGAAAAAUUGAACCAGAUAUGAAAAAUGGCAUUAAAACCUUAGAAGAUAGUGUUGCAGAUACAAAUGAUAAAAGCAAAGAUCAGGAUGUUGUUUCUAAAAGUGAGGUAUUGGAUGAAAAAUUAUCGUUAAUAAAAUUAUGUAUAAAAUUAACUGUCAGGCAACUGAAAAGGAGACAAACUGUUAAUGAAAUAUGUGAGAACAAGGGAUUAUUAAAUAAUGAAAAAUUAUUUAAAUAUAGGAGGUUGAUUGGUCGUUCAAUCCAAGAUAUUGAUUCUAAAUUGGAUGAUAUCGAAAGGGAUCUCCGUGAAAAUGAAGAAGAAGAGAUUGGAGUUUGA